AUACCCUAAUUAUUUCCAGGGGAGAAAUUAUUUCUGGGGUAGCAGCAUGACCCUUCCAGGCCUUUCCUAUUAUGUGCUUCUCUUGGGAACCAUCUUCUUCUAUUCAGUUUUCUUGCAGCGGGAUGCUUCCAAUUGUGAGAAACCAGCCUGGGCAAAUGUUGCUUUUGAUACAACAAAACAGGAAGCAGAGAAUUUGAUGACAGCGCCAUCUCACAGUCUUUACUCAGCCGGUCAAAUAUGCCAUAGUAUUUUUGGCCUAGCCUUUUCCAAAAGGUGCCUAGAGAAGUUGUAUGCUAAUGUUACAGUGCUACUCGUUACAAUUAUUGGUUUGUUUAUACUCUGCCUUUUACUGAAACACAUUAAAAACAUCAAGCCCAGUCAGGACAUGACCGAGAUAGUACCUGCUUCAGAACCAAAUAACGAAUCGACCCAGAACAAUCAAGAAAUGCUUGAACAGUUGUUGAAAAACACCCACAAGAUCAACAAAUACAUGAAGUUGUAUGCUAUAGGACAUUACAAGAAAGAAAUGAAAUCUAAAUUAAGCAGAAAAAGAAAGAACUAUGAAACAGAGAAUGACCGUUUCCUCCCAAUGUGUUUCUGCCAUGAUUCCUGUCAAGACAGUGCAUGAACCUCAAGCCCAGAAAGCUUCCCUCUUCCCAUGUUUCAACAUCCUUCAUGUUACAAGCUGUUCUGUAAAUGACACCAUAAGUGACCAAAGCCUCAAUGUUGAGCUCAACAUAGGUUGAGAUGAAUAUUAAAAUUGUGCUUGGUAGCCUGCA